AUGUCCCAAGAACACGACGUUUAUGGUGUAUUACAGCGGGCAUUGGCCAUCCGUGAUGACGCUGAUGUUAUUAGAGAAGUCGAAGAGGUUUUUGACAAUAUUGGAUACGUGGCCACUGUCAUUAAACGCAAUGACCUGCCAGCUCAAGCCAGAAGACAAGAUAAUGACUGGUCAACACAGCAUCAUAUAACGUCUCCUUUCGAAAGAUUGCAACAGGAUAGUUUUAAUCACGAUGCCACCUUGCUUGGGAGACAGGCAGUCAGAGACUCGGAAAAAGAACGUCGAGCAGGCAAAGCACGAGCGUCUAAAUUGAAACUGACAUUGAGAAAAAGAAAGCUGACAGACAAUGGGACUCAGUCAAUUGAAAAGAGGCCAGCUACAACGAACAACAGGCGAAGCAAUGAACAUGCAAGUGGUGAAGCAAGCAACAGUAAACAGGAGCAAAGCAUUGACAAACGCAGUGAUCCAAAGCGCCCAGAGCCUAAUUUUUCGGAUAUCGAUUUGAACAGUGACUCUGACGACAAUACACAACCGGCAGCAACAAACAAUAAUCUCGCGAAUGGUGACAGUGAGGACGACGAAUGGGAUGGUUCCUAUGCUCCGCCUUUGGCCUCUUCUUCAUCUGCCAAUGAUCCACCAGAUAGCUUUGAAGCAAUGACCAAUGUCACAAGCCUGCCUGCAAGUGCCAACGAUGGGGUUGAAUUUCAGAGCGACAAUGAAGGAUCCCAGCAACCCUCACGUAUACGGGAUAAUGGUCCUCAUAUGCCAAGGGCGACGGAACCAGAGCAAGGCCCCAGUGCCAAUGUUGAUACCCAAUUAGCCUUGCCGUCAGGUGUUGCACUCCGGAAUACAUGGAAAAGUGGGGGAAAGUUCUUGACGGAGGUCAAUGCUAUCUGCAAGCGAGACUUUGACGGUGACACCAAGAUCCUGGAUGACGUGCUUAGUUUUGCAGCAGCAUUGAGGAGCAACACAGGAAAUGUCGAGAUUGAGCCGCUUCAAAAACUGGUCAAUGUCAACCGUGUUGACAAGUUGACAAGCUCAGGCAGCGUUCUCAGCAAGGCAAGGGACAGUGCAUUCCGCAUACGCCGGUUGAGCAUUAACAACAGCAUGGUCGACUUUAUGCAGAUGGUUGAGCGAAUCAACAUUGCCUACUACCGGUAUGACUACUAUCACAACAAAAAGGGCAAGCGCAAGGACUUUGACGAAGGCGUGUUCCGGCACCUGACAGCAACAAGCGCACAACAGCUUGUAGCAAAAAUAUGUCAAGGAAGUCGCCGGUAUAUCCGAAUGGUGCGCGAGUUUGGAGUCGGUAUAGUUCUGCUGCCCACUACCUUUAACCCAGCAAAGUUGGAGGCUAUGCCGGAACAGGUGUUUCAGCAAGUAUUAGAGACAGUGGAUAAGGAACUUUUCAAGGCACGCCUACACAAGUUUACCAAGAAUAUCAUAGUACCAAAACAAGCAACUGACAUAGUAGAUUUUGCCACACGCCACUACUACGCAUUCGAAUCGAAGAAGGAUAAGGAAGGGCAAGGAAGCAAGGAAGGACAAAGAAGGACGAGUAAAAAACCUGGAAAUUGA